AUGUCGAACCCCAAUCCAGACGCGGGCGUCCAUCAGACAUCAUUACCGACGGCUAUCAGCAAUGAUAGAUCCCACUCGACCGGCGACGUCAAUUUGGCCACAGCCAACUUGUCAAAAAGAAACGGCCGUCCCACGACUUCCUCUGAGAAGACUACUGUUAUCGAGGAUAGUGGAGAAUCAAUAGGAGGCGCAUCGUCGAAGCCCACUUAUGAUCAUACACACCGGAAGCUGAAGCCCAGACAUAUUCAGCUUAUCGGUAUCGGGGGCACGAUUGGUACAGCGCUCUAUGUCCAGAUCGGUAAAAGUCUGAUGAAGGGUGGUCCUGGCAGUCUGUUCCUGGCAUUUUCAAUUUGGUGUUUCGUCAUCCUGGCCAUUACUGUUUGUCUGGCUGAAAUGGUCACCUACCUGCCAAUUUCAUCACCCUUUAUUCGAUUUGCGGGCCGCUAUGUCGAUGAAGCCUUUGGAGUUGCCGCCGGCUACAACUUCUUCAUCUUUGAGGCUGCCCUAGUGCCCUUUGAGAUCACCGCGUGUAAUAUGAUCAUAAACUACUGGAGCGACGUUAUUCCAGUGAGCGGGGUCAUCGUCAUCGUGCUUGUCCUUUACAUACUUCUCAACGUCUUUGCAGUGCAAUGGUACGGCGAAUCCGAGUUUUGGCUUGCUCUUUCGAAAGUAUUGCUCAGCAUUGGGUUGAUUAUCUUCACAUUCAUUGUGAUGCUGGGCGGGAACCCGAAGGGAGAUCGAUUCGGAUUCAGAUACUGGAAGGAGCCGGGCGCCUUUGCAGAAUAUUACAAGACGGGUGAUCUUGGCCGAUGGCUUGGUUUCCUUGCAUGCCUGAUCCAGGCCAGUUUCACCAUUGCAGGACCCGAUUAUGUGUCGAUGGCAGCUGGAGAAGCAGUCAACCCCCGCGGAGUCUUGCCCAGGACGUAUAACGGUAUAUUCUAUAGACUCACAGCUUUCUUCGUUCUGGGUGUACUUUGUAUCGGCAUUCUCGUCCCCUACAAUGAUCCUACUAUGGCCGAAGCCUUCGCCAAGGGCCUUCCCGGCGCCGCUGCGUCGCCUUAUGUUGUCGCGAUGGACAGACUCGGAAUCCCUAUCCUCCCGCACAUUGUCAACGCCAUGAUCCUGCUGGCAGCUUUCAGUGCCGGGAAUAGUUAUGUUUAUUGCGCCAGCAGAAGUCUGUACGGGCUUGCUCUGGAUGGCAAGGCGCCACGACUGUUCACUAAGUGCACCAAGCGGGGUGUACCUAUAUACUGUGUCUUAGUUGUUAUGCUGAUUGCACUUCUUGCCUUCCUCCAAGUGUCGAACAGCGCAUCUGUCGUCCUGGGUUGGUUCGUUAAUCUGGUAACUGCUUCUCAGCUUAUCAACUUCUCCGUCAUCACCUUUACCUAUACACGUUUCCGGAAAGCUAUAAUCGCCCAAGGUAUACCACGCGAAUCGCUCCCAUACAAGAGUUGGUGGCAACCCUAUACUGCCUAUGUUGCUCUGGUUUCCACAACAGUCAUGGCCUUUGUAGGCGGCUAUACCGUCUUUCUGCCUGGGAAUUGGGAUAUCCCGACUUUCCUCUUCUCUUAUACGAUGAUUGGAGUGUUUCCGGUUCUGUACUGCGGUUGGAAGAUUGUAAACCGCACAAAGACGAAGAAGCCGGAAGAGGUGGAUCUCGUGACAGGACUCGACGAGAUCGAGGAGUACGAGAGGAACUACAUUCCCGAAAAGCCAAGGUAA